AUGGAGAAAGUCGACGCACAACCUACCAGCCCUCCCGAGGAUGCAUCAACUACCAUGGCUCUUCAACAGACUACUACCGACAAGGCUGCCGAAGCUAUAAGCAAAUGGCAACCACCACAAUACUCAGAACAUCCCGAGGGCGAAGAGAUCGUGAAGCAGGUUGAGUACUACUUCUCAGACGGGAACCUUCCGAACGACAGAUACCUGCUGGACAAGACCGGCGGCAAGGAGAACAAACCCGUCACUUUGAAGACCAUCUGCGGAUUUCCUAGAAUGCGCAAGUAUAAGCCUUACAGGUCCGUUGUAGAGUCAUUGAAGAAGAGCAAGCUCCUUGAAAUUGUCGACGACAAGUAUAUCAAGCGUAGAGUGCCGCUCGCUAUAGCGCCAACUGUAUCCGCAGAGGAAAUCCAGGCGGCAAAGGAAGCAGACCAGAAGAAGAAAGGAUAUGUAAUUCCUGCAGAUCAGCCAUGGAUGACCAAGGGAAUGAUGAGACCAACUGGCUUCGAGGAGUUCUUCGCAGAUGCGCCAGUUACUCCUGCCACGUUCAAGGAGGAACAGUCGCUCUACGAUAGCCUCAUUAGUGAUAUUACAUUCGCGACACGUAUCGAGACGGCCAUCCAGCGUUACCGCGCCCGACGCAAGUUCCAUCAGCAGACUGCUCAGGUGUUCAACAAGUUCAUGAACUAUGGCGGUAUCGAGUGUGGACCUAAGAUGUUUGGUGGAAGUGACAACAAAGAUCUCGCAGAGAUGGAUGCUGCAGAGAUCGCCGCCUCGACUGCUGUUCAUUUUGUCUCGGAGGAUGUCAUGUGCUCCGACAGAUGGGAAGUCGACUUUGUCGGUGUGGUAAAGGGAUUCUUGCAAGUCAUGGCUACCCGCAUACGGUUGGAUUCCUCUCACAUUCUGACCGAUCUUGAAAGUAGCUCGGGACAGGCGGAUAUUGCAAGAGCGACAAACGUCGUGCGCAACUUCUACAACUACCUGCUGCAUCACAACGUGUGCCCAGAGUUCGAGACGCAAAUUCUUGCCGCACGUAAGAUCUGCGAUCUUGCAGAUGUGGAGCUCUUCAACAUACUCGUGGUCCAGGAAAGGCUCCCAGGUCCAUUCAACACAGCCGUCUCUGCUACAUAUGGCGGGACUGUCGCGGGGGUGUAUGGCGAUGACCAGGAUUGGGACGACAUUGGCUCGGUUGACCGUACUCUUCAAGAUUGCCGAGACAUCCUCAAGUUCGCCAUCUCUGCCCAUGGUUCUCAACAACAAUACGACAGGGUUGUCGACGUCGAGAAAUUCGAAACCGUCUACCAAGAGCAGAUCAGCCUCGAGGUAACCAAGGUUGAGAUGGCUGAUGAAACAAUACGAGCACUGUACGCCGCCGCUCGUGAGCAGAAGCCAUUCCUGGCUACGUUAGGUAAGCUUCAUUGCUGUCGCUGGUCCUAUCCUCUCGCACCCAGCUUCGAGCAGUCGGAAGAAGCACUCAGACGACAGCAAAUCGAGCACACAAUGACGCUAUGGGUCGAGGAGGAUCUUCUGCAGUACUGCGCUGUAGGCAUGAAGAUUGAGGGUGAGAUCCGCGAGCUCGACAUUGGCAUCAAGUGGCUGGAUCAGGUUCGUGCCGUUGGUCCCUCCUUCUUCGAAUGGCUUCCGAACGAGCUCUACGGUAAGCAGAAGGCAAUGAAGGCCGAAGAAGAAGCACAGCAGCAGAACUCGCAAGUCCUUCUUGAGGACAUUAAUGGCUUCGAUGAGACUGUGAGUUCUCAGAACGAGGACUCUUGA